AUGCCCCGCGGCUUCCUGGUGAAGCGCAGCCGGCGGCCCACGCCCGUCUCGUACCGGGUGCGCGCCUGCCGCGAGGCCGCCCCACUCCCCGCCGGCGGUGGCGCCCCGCCGCCCACCUGCCCCGCUGCGCCGCCGCUGCCCGCUCCGGCUCCGCGGGAAUCGCCGCCGCCGGUGCCCUUCGGGACGCCCGAUGCCGCCGUGCAGGCGCUGUACAGCCCGACGCGGCCCGUCAGCAGGGACAAGUACCUGGAGCGCAGCUUCAGCCUGGGCUCGCCCGUCUCGGCGGAGUCCUUCCCCGCGCCGGCCGUGCCCAGCACCAUGGACCCGCUGCUCUUCGCCCCCGCCGAGCUCAAGCUCUGGGCCGCCGCCGCCGGCCACGCCGAGCCGCCCGCCGCUAACAACGGCCCCGGCGCAGCCCCCGCCGCCCCCGGCCCCGCGCCGCCCGCCCCGGCCGGGGCCCCCCCCGCUGCCGCCGCCUCCGGCCGCCCCCAGCCCGGCAAGCGGCCGCCGGGAGCGGCGGAGCCCGGCAGGCAGAAGGCGCCGUCGGGCAAGAAGGCGAAGGCGAUCCGCAAGCUGACCUUCGAGGACGAGGUGACCACGUCGCCCGUGCUGGGGCUGCGCAUCAAGGAGGGCCCGGUGGAGGCGCCGGCCAAGGCGCGUGGUGGCUGCGCCCGGCCGCUGGGCGAGUUCAUCUGCCAGCUCUGCAAGGAGGAGUACGGGGACCCCUUCGCGCUCGCGCAGCACCGCUGCUCGCGCAUCGUCCGCGUGGAGUACCGCUGCCCCGAGUGCGACAAGGUCUUCUCCUGCCCCGCAAACCUCGCCUCCCACCGCCGCUGGCACAAGCCGCGCCCGCCCGCCGCCGCCAAGGGCGGCCCCGAGCCGGGCCGGGCACCGGCGGAGGAGCCGCCGAAGGAGGCGGGCGGCAGCGGCAGCGAGCGGGACACGCCAAGCCCCGGUGGCGGCUCGGAGGCGGGCUCCGAGGAGGGGCUCUUCGAGUGCCCGCGCUGCGCCAAGCGGUUCCGCCGGCAGGCCUACCUGCGCAAGCACCUGCUGGGCCACCCGGCACCGGCCCCGGGAGCGGGAGCGGCCCCGGUCCCCGGUCCGGCCCUCGAGCCCGCCGCCGAGGUGCCGCCCGCGCCGCCGCCCGCCGAGUGCCGCCUGUGCCCCGUGUGCGGGGAGACCUUCCCCAGCAAGAGCAGCCAGGAGCGACACCUGCGCCUCCUGCACGCCGCCCAGGUCUUCCCCUGCAAGUACUGCCCGGCCACCUUCUACAGUUCGCCCGGCCUCACCCGGCACAUCAACAAGUGCCACCCGUCGGAGAACAGGCAGGUCAUCCUGCUCCAGGUGCCGCUGCGCCCCGCCUGCUAG